AUGCCAAUAGGACCAAUGAUUCCAUCAGUUUACUUGGACAAGCAGCUGGAGGAUGACAAAGAGUAUGGUCUCAGCCUCUUCAAACCUGAUCUGGGCGGUUGCAUGGACUGGCUAGAUUCAAAGGAGACUGGCUCAGUGGUUUAUGUGUCAUUUGGAAGCUUGGCUGCAAUAGGAUAUGAGCAAAUGGCAGAAAUUGCUUGGGGCCUAAAGGGGAGUGACUGCUACUUCUUGUGGGUAGUCAGAGAAUCAGAGAAGGAAAAACUUCCAAGCAACUUUGCACAAGAGUCAUCAGAGAAGGGUCUGAUUGUAACCUGGUGCUCGCAGCUAGAGGUUCUGGCUCACAAAUCUGUUGGUUGCUUCAUGACUCAUUGUGGGUGGAACUCAACACUAGAGGCAUUGAGCUUAGGAGUGCCGAUGGUGGCAAUUCCACAGUGGACAGAUCAACCAACAAAUGCAAAGUACAUUGUCGAUGUUUGGCAAGUAGGAGUUAAAGUGAAGGCAAAUGAAAAGGGGAUUGUCGCUAAAGAAGACGUAGAAAGAUGUAUAUGGGAAGUCAUGGAAGGAGAAAGAGGGAAGGAGAUGAGAAGGAAUUCUGAGAAAUGGAUGGGACUAGCCAAAACAGCAUUAGCUGAAGGCGGAAGCUCUGAUAAGAAUAUUGUGGAAUUUGCAGCAGAACUUGCAAGGAAGUACCAUGAAGCCAAAGAUUCAAUCUUCUGA